AUGGAUGAGAUUACAAAAGUCGCCAACAAUAAUUAUCUCAAACGCUUGAGUAGUAAUCAUAAAGAUCAACAAUUUAAAUUGAUUCCUGGUGGAUCAGGAAUAGGAAAAUCAUAUAACUAUGACCAACAAAUUGAUGAAUAUCAUGCAAAAGUACGAAUAGGAGUGCAUGUUGCAAUAGCUGUGAGCUUAAUAGACAAUACGCUGAAUUUCAUUGAACUCUAUUGCCUUGAUAAUGUGAUAAAAGAAAUCCUUCGCAGCCAUUUCAAAGAAAAAGGUCGAUCUCUUAAAGCUGUCAAUAUACAUAUCGAUAAAUAUCAAAGAUACAUUGAUUACGUUCACCAUUAUAAAAAAUAUCAUGAAAGGACGCCCGCAUCUUCUUUAAGAAUAUGCUACAAGAAAUUAGUGCUGUUAUGCAUAGUCAGAUAUACGAAAGUAAGAAGGAUUACUCAACAAACUGUUAGAAGAGAUUUUUGUUACUUAGUUGGACUUCCAUUGGCGAUGUUGAGUGAGCAGAUGAACUACUCCUUAUCCCAACGAAAGAUCGCCCUUGGUGGUGGCAAGAUUUUGAGACCCUUCAUGGAUACUACCAAAGAGCACUUAUUAACGUCACCAAAAAAAGAAGACGACAUUUAUAAUAUCAUUUACCAAAUCGACAAGAAAAAAUCCUACCUUUCUAGUGAAAAGCAAAUAAAGUGGUGCCUGUCAGAUAUCUUUCAUGAUGUGAAGGACAAUGCACAAUUUAGCAAAUUGGUAUUGUGUGAUGAUAACAUUACUCAUCUUCUUGAGUCAGCUAUCUUCCAUUGUGCUGACGAAUACGCCAACAUUGAUCAUUGA